UUCCAUUUGGCAAAGUGGCAUUAUGCCGCUGAGAUGAUUUGCAUAAAAAAAGGAUAUUCCGUUUCUGAAAAAGUUUCACACCAAGUUAGAAGUAAACUCUUCUAUGCAUACUCGUUACCAUUUAUAUAUUUGGCAUUCUGUUUGCUCACUCUUUUCACGCUCCGUUCCUGUCUUUAUGCGACAACUUUCAGGAAGACUGUUGUUAGUUCAAAGCCGUAUUAUGCGGCUCUUCACAUUCUCCCACUGCUUGCUCUGACACACUUUCUAUUUGCUGGUUUACUGUACUACACUUUCCCUUUUAUAACGUUAGUAAGUAGCCUAAUAAUAAAUGCAGCUCAUAUGGCAGUAGUUCGUGGACGUCGUAUUGGAACUGUUUACAAGAAAGCUUUCUUGCGUAUGAAGAACGUUGUGAUGCUUUUUAUUCAUAUGGCUCUUUUCGGGUUUUCUUUGGUUGUGUUGAUGCUCAAUUUCUCAUUCCCAAAACCUUUCUUGGUUACUCCUCUUCUAUUUGUUCCUUUGCCGUUUCUAUAUUAUUGUUUUACUGCUGGAUUGUCUCAUCCAAAAUUUGUACAUUAUUUCCCCUAG